UUACUGUCUCAAUAAUAUUCUUCAGCAAGUUCCUUUUCCUUGGUGUAUUGACAUUAUGAUAGAGGAUUUCUUGACCUUGUUGUCUAUUUGUUAUCCCUGAAAAUAUAUAGUCAUAUUCUUACAUUAUCUUGCUUUUAUUAAGAUAAUCAACAGCUGUCUGUUUAUGUUACUUAUAAAUAAAGUGGGAAUACUCUGACCUUGAGUUAGUGGUAAUCUUGGGUACUACUUGUGAAGUGUUAAUGGUGAGUAGGGGUGGCAAAUGGGCGGGUCGCGUAUGGGCUGGUCGAAAAUGGAUAAAAUAUCCGACCUGCCCCUAUUUGAUGCGGAUAAAAAAUGAGUUACCCAACGAUAAUAUAUCCAUUGCUUCUUAAAUUAGAUAUGAGCUUCUUUUCUCCAAUCUGCCUUAUUCUCUUUCGUGUCUUCUUUUUUUUCCCUUUCUUUUCUUCCGAUCAAUCAUGGUUCUUAGCUAUAGUUUCUAUUUGAUUUUAGGUACUUUUCGUUGAGAUUCUCGAUGGGGAAUAAUUGUUUUCAGUACCUAUGUAAAAGCCUGUUUUCAAAUAAAUCAAAAUCUCAUAUAUUAGUACUUCUUUUAACAGAUUUGACUAGGAAAUAAAUUAUUCAAAAUAUAAAAAAUGCAGCACACUAAGUCUUAGUUUUAUCAAUCAAGAAAAAGGAAAACAUUGGUGUAAGAGAAAUAAGUACUCCGAAUUACAAGCAUUUCGUCUUCUUCUUUUUCUCUUUUUAAUAAGUGUACUUUUUAGGGGUUCCUACUCCCUUGCAUACUCUAACGGGAGUGCAGUUGGUAUACUCAUGGGUUAUCCAUAUUCUAUGAUGGAUAAUAUGGGUGGUUGAUCCAUGUUUGAUCCACUUUUGAAAUGAUCAGAUAUCCAACCCAUUUAAGUUGGGUUAGGCGGAUAACUGCAAAUUUUAACCAUUUUGCCACCCCUAUUCUCAAGCAUUUCACCCUUUUCAGGCAUCCUCAUGCAAGUUAUUCUUAUUCCUUUUCGGAAUACAAGUCUAUUUUGGUGCCCAGCUAUAACACAUUCAUUCAUGUCACAAAUCCAACUUAUAUGGAUUUUAUCAUUAUCAUCAGAUGGUUCAUACCAUGAAGACACAUAUUCAUGAACAACCAUGUCUUUGCAAAAGGUUAUGCUUCGACAAACACUUUUUUCUCAUGAAAAGUCGCAAACUUUCCCGUGACAUUCCUUCAUGGAAGAAGAUAAAAUUUCAGGUGGCACAUUUUCACGAAGGAACAAAACCUUUCUAAACAAGACACAUGACCAACAAUCAAAUUAGUAAUUUCAUCAACUAGUCAUCACCGAAACCGAACAAGUUAUGAAUUCGCGGACUACCAUAUCAAUAUCCACCAUUCUGCGGCUAAAAAAUACAAAAUUUUAGUAAGUUGUAUAUUAUAUCUUCUAGUUCUUCAAGAUAAUAUCAAACACGAAGUCUAAUACUAGUAAUGGCUUAAGUCCUAAGCCAAACAUACCCCCACAUUUUUGGAUACUGGUUUCGACUUUCGAGUGCAUUUUCUAUAACUCAUGCUGAGCUGACUUAACUCCACUAGAUUCUAUUGAUAUUUUUGCUAGUGGAGUUAAUUCUGAUAAAUGCUUACAAUGUUUUAAAAAUUGAUGUUAUACCAUUGAUGCAUUUUCUCCACUAUGUGUAAACACAUUGUUUUGAUCAAUGUUUUGUGCAAUUAUUGUAUAUUGAUUUGCCUAGAAACCAAUUUAGAAUUUUUUUAAUGUGUGACAAUCCAAUUUAGAAUUAUUUUUUUAAUGUGUGUCGAGUGACAGGUUGGUGAGUAUCAGACAGUUAAAAAAAAAUAAAAAAAUAAACAGGAUAUAGUUUUUAAUAUACUUGAAAGCGGCUUAAAAUUUCUACUGAAUAUGGCCUUUGCAAAAUUGGAAAAAAUAAAAAUGUGUUUCUAUGAAGCACUGCAACAACUAUAAUCAUAAACAUGUCAUCAUUUAAUAUUCAAUAAAUAUUUGUAUUUUAUUAAAAUUAACCAUUAAAUGGAAUGCUUUUUAACGCAUAUUUAAAUAUUUUCGAAAUUGAUAUUUCAGAAUUCUUAGCCACUAUAUUUAAAUAAAAUUUUACAUGUUGUUUUAUCUAAAAUGCUUGCUUGUUUCAUUUUUUUAAUUUUGUACAUUCAUAAUUAUUUUUACAAAGAUUGUAUUAUUAUUUUUUACUUUCUUGAUCACUGAAAUUAGUAAGCAAUCACAUUGUUAUUACUCUAUGACCAGCUUUUAUGGAUAUUACUUAAUUUUUCAACUAAAUUCUCCUAAUAACCAAAGUUUGACUCGAACAAAAUUGGUCAGCAUAAAAUAGUUGCCAUAAACUUCAUAUAUUUCAAGAGAUAAUAUCUAACUUGGUAUCUAGUCCGCGCUCAUUUAAUUUCAUACCAAAAUUGCUAAUGGUGACAAUUAAGAAUCCCCUAAUUCAAACUAUUUAAAAAUUUACCGAAUCUAAAUUUUACCCUACAAAUAGGAGCCAAUCCUAGGCAAAGAAACACACAACAACAACAAAACCAUUUGAUCCCCAUACCCAGUCAUACACAUUUCUCCUCCUUUUCCUCCUCUUUAGCCAUGACUAGAAAGAAAGUGAAGCUUGCUUUGAUUGAAAGUAUCACUGAGAGGAAAGCCUCAUACAAGAAAAGACAGAAAGGGUUCUUGAAAAAGGCUCAAGAAAUUAGCACCCUUUGUGAUGUUGAUGUUGCUAUCGUCAUCUAUAGUGCUUACCACAAUGAACCUGUGGUGUUUCCAAAUCAUGGUGUUGCUAUCGAUACCUUUACAAAGCUUAGGCAACUGUCGGAGUUGGAACAAUUAGAAAACAUGGCAUCACUAGAAGAGUUCACGAAGCAAAGGAUUAAGAAAUUGGAAGCACAAUUGCUGAAGGUAAGGAAGGGGAAUAGGGUGAAGGAGUUCACAAACAAGAUGCAUGAAAUGUUGAAUGGAAAAGAUAUUCCCAGUGGCAUGCAUCCUAACGAUCUCAACGAUCUGAGUUACGUGAUCAACCAAAACCUAAAACAGGUACAUGAAGCGAUAAAAGCAAAGGCUGGUGGAGAGGGUUCCACAUCAAAUGCCCCUCAACCCAUUGCUGGACCGAUGGUUCCUGAUGGGACCAGCUCUGAGGAGCCAACAACUCCUCUAUUGGCCCUUCCAGAGGCUCCAAUACCGGUGGUUCCUCCGAAGGCUCCAUCGGUGGUUCCUGGUGGAACCAACUACGAGGGUCCAAGUGCUCCGAUGUUGCCUCCUGCUGUGGCUCCGCUAUCCGUGGCCCCAUCCAUGGUUCCUCCAGUGGCAUCCGUUCCCACUCAAGUGCCCCAAUCAAUGUUUCAACCGUUGGCUCCUUCUCAUGUGGUUCCUCUUGUGGGCCCUUUGAGGCUUCCUCCUCCCCCUUCUCUUUCAUUUCCUUCAGAAAUGUUUCCUCCAAUGGUUCCACAAUUUUGUCCAAUACCUCAACAAAUGGCUCUUAGAAAGGCUCCUAGAAUGGCUCUUUCAAUUGCCUCUCCAAUGGUUCCACCAACAAUGGCUUCUCCAAUGUCUUCACCAAUGAUGGCUCCUCCAAUGUUUACUCCGGUGACACCACCAAUGGGCCCUUCAUAUAAUAUCCCCCAAAUGGGUGCAUCAAUGACAGUGAAUAACUACCAAAACCAUACCUAUGGCUUUUCACAGAGUCCUGGAUUUACUGAGAUGCUGAACUGGGAUGAUGAUGUUGUAAUGGCUUUAUUUGAUGAUCCAUCUUUCAACAACAUUGAUGUACAAGAUCCAAACCACAAUAACAAUUUCUAAGGACAAAUGUCUCUCUUUUAGUACUGCUUUAUAUGUUCAUGUUGUCUCAUGGACUGUCCAUCUCUUUUACUGUUUGCAUGUCUAAGUUGUGUCAUAGGACUCUCCAGAUCUCUUUCCCUUUGUCCUCAUUUGAAGUGUCCGUCUGUCAUAUGUUGUUUCAAUUUUUUCCCUUAAAGUAUGUCGGUUUCAUUCACUUAAUAAAUCAAUGAUCAAUCGUUGUUUUGUGUU